AUGUUGUUUGGGUUCACCAUAUCGACUACAUAUGAGGGCCAUCAUAGGGGGAGGAGUUUGCAGUUCGUGUGUCAGAAUAACGUUGAAAAGCAGCAAUGGGUAGCGGCAAUCAAUCAAAUAUUGAAUAGACAAAAGAGUUCUGGAAGUACUCCCAAGGUUAUAAGUGACUUUGCAAGAUUUCGAGCUUGGACGAAGUUGCAUUAUACGAGUGCGAAUUGUCAGAUCCUCGUCGCAGCUCUUAUCUAUUGCAACUUCAUGUUGAACAUUAUUGAAUCUCAAGUUCGAAAUCCAGAUCAGGCUUUAUCAAAAAUUCUGACUGUGGCCGACACCUUCUUCACUGUCAUCUUCACUGUUGAGCUCUUUAUCAAUAUGUUCUCAACCCUGUGGAGAGAUUUUCUCACCGACCCGUGGAAUUUCUUUGAUUUCUUCGUUGUCCUUAUCAGUCUUCUGACGCUGUUCCUUCCAAACAUCCCUGCAGCAAAGACACUGAGACUGACCAGAGCAUUUCGCGUUUUUCGCCUUUUCAAACGAAUUCCCUCUAUGAGAAAGAUCAUGCAUUCUCUCUUUAAUGCUCUACCUGGAAUGUUGAACGCCUACGCAAUCGUGGCGUUGUUGAUGAGCUUAUUUGCAAUUCAGAGCGUCUAUUUCUUCGGCCAAAUUGAUCCCGUUCACUUCGGGACGUUUUUCGCCUCGAUGUUCACAUUAUGGCAGGUCAUCACAGGAGAUGGAUGGGCAGACAUUGUCCGAAAUCUUUUCCUUUACACCUCAAGCCCUAUUCCCUGUGCGUUAUUCUUUGUACUCUUUCAACUUCUCAUCACUUUCACUCUCAUCAAUGUCGUGGUUUGCGUGCUACUCGAUGGCUUCACAUCUCCCAAUCAGUCGGACAUUGAUCGUGUUAAAAGCUAUUCGUUGUCUGACUUGCCGUACCACGAAGUCGCGUUUGGAUCUCCUCUCAAAGAGCUUGCGAGAUAUUUUGUGUUGAAGUGCAGGGAUGCAGAUGAGCUCGAAAUGGCGAUCGAUUUGUGUUUUUCAAAGAUUGGUGGAGGAGAGCCUAUAAGCUUUGAAGCCUUGUCGAACGGUCUUGCUCGUUUGCCAGUAUCGCCUCCUAUCGUCUUCCGAGCGAAGGACUGGAUGAGGUACGUGGUCGAACGAAAGAAUGGCGUCUUCAUCGAGUCACAAAUCUUUCUGGACAGAAAAGGCUUUCGCAAGUUUAUGUUGCAGUCGGUCAGAAACUUGAUAUUUUGGCACGUCAACUUGAACGAAAUUGAUGACUCCUGGACAGCAGAUCGUGUUCAAUCAUUUUUCAUCGGCCUGAAGGCUCGAAAUUUGAUCACUGCAAAGCUCCUGAACAACAAGGAGUACACGGAAUAUGCGGCGAGGAGGGAGUAUGAGAUUCGAGUGAUCAACGAGAAGAAGGGAAUGAUCAUUGGCACUCUCAAUGUCAGACUGCUCCGAGCCGAGGGGCUGGGAAGAGUGAGCGUGAGCGGGCAACCCACAACUUUCAUCGAAGUCAAGCUUGGAGCAGAAGUCAGGAAGUCGAGCUGCGUGAGGAGUUCGACAAGCCCUCAUUGGAAUGAGAUCGUCUCUUUCCCCUUGGCAGAGAAGGAUCAGGUCGUCGAGCUCUUCGUGUGGGACAGCAGCGGGCUCAAGUGCUUGGUGCUGGUGGGGUACUGCCGGCUCGACAUCAGCGACGCACCGAGGAAGAGGCAGGUGAAGCUCUGGUCGAAGUUAGUUGGGCAUGAGGCGCACAUGAUCCCGGACAGCGAGGUGAACGGGCGUCUCCUUGUGGAGUACGAGUACGAGACCUUCUACUCGUCGUCGCCCGAGCGACACAAGCAGAAGCUCUCCUCGGUGUUGGAAGAGACCUCAGCUCAGCUCCAGCUCCUUCAGCGCAGGUUCAACAUGGUGGAAGACAUGACACGGAAUACGUUGAUCCAGGAGAGCAAGUAUAGGCACGGAAUCGGGCGAGUUCCUUCUACUAGCCUACACCAGGAGGGCGAGAGCGCGAGCCGCUUCAGCAUCCUUGCUGCUUCUGUCGCUGACACGCAGCUCGCCAAGUCGGAUUGA